ACUUCAGUGUAACGAGUAACCCCCUUCCUGUUUUGAAGGCAGAGAAAUGUCUAUAUAUCGUGACUGAACCGGUCGCUCCACUCGGCACCUAUUUGAAAGCGAAGGAGACAGUGGGAGAACUGAUUGAGCAGGAGAUCUCGUGGGGGCUGCAUCAGAUUGUGAAAGCCUUGAGUUUCCUGGUGAACGACUGCAGCCUGAUCCACAACAAUGUGUGCGUGGCUGCGGUGUUUGUGGACCGAGCAGGCGAAUGGAAGCUCGGCGGGCUCGACUACAUGUACGCCGCGCAGGGGGAGACGCCACCACCGCCGCCGAAGGGCUUCCCAGAGCUCGACAAGUACGACCCGCCAGAGAAAGCAGACCCCAGCAGGAGCGGAACUGAGAAAUGGUCAGCGGACAUGUGGCGCCUGGGCUGCCUGAUCUGGGAAGUUUUCAAUGGACCGCUGCAGAGAUCCUCCUCCCUCCGCUCCCUCGGAAAGAUUCCCAAGUCCCUGGUUCCUCAUUACUGCGAGCUGGUCGGGGCUAAUCCUAAAGCCAGGCCGAACCCGGCCAAGUUUCUGCAGAACUGCCGGGGCCCCAACGGCUUCAUGAGCAAUAAGUUCAUAGAGACCAACCUCUUCCUGGAGGAGAUUCAGAUUAAGGAGCCCAUGGAACGCCAGAACUUCUUCCUGGAGCUGAGCUCGCAGCUCGACACUUUCCCCGAAAACUUCUGCAAGCACAAGAUCCUGCCGCAGCUGCUGACAGCGUUUGAGUUCGGCAACGCCGGUGCCGUUAUCCUCACCCCACUCUUCAAAGUGGGGAAGUUGCUCAGUGCAGAGGAGUACCAGCAGAAGAUUAUCCCCGUUGUGGUCAAGAUGUUCUCCUCGACAGACCGAGCCAUGAGGAUCCGUCUGCUCCAGCAGAUGGAGCAGUUUAUUCAGUACCUGAACGAAGCGACGGUGAAUGCCCAGAUCUUCCCCCACGUUGUCCAGGGCUUCAUGGAUACGAAUCCCGCCAUCAGGGAGCAGACUGUCAAGUCAAUGCUGUUGCUGGCUCCGAAGCUCAGUGACAAUAACCUGAACGUCGAGCUGAUGAAACACUUUGCACGGCUGCAGGCGAAGGAUGAUCAGGGGCCUAUUCGCUGCAACACCACAGUCUGCCUGGGGAAGAUCUCCUCCUAUCUCAAUGCUGGUACCAGGCACAGGAUCCUCAUCUCCGCCUUCUCCCGUGCAACAAAGGAUCCGUUUGCUCCCUCCAGGGCAGCUGGUGUCCUCGGCUUUGCUGCCACACACAGUUACUAUUCGGUCAGCGACUGCGCCUGUAAAAUCCUGCAGGUGCUUUGUCCAUUGACAGUGGAUCCUGACAAGAAUGUCCGCGAUCAGGUAGGCAGGCUAACUGAUCUCUCUCUCCAUCCACCCACUCCCCCCAGCCCGAUCUGUGUCUGUGUCUCUUGUCUGCCUCUGUCUCUGUCCAAUCGGGCCACAUUUAGCGAAGAAUAGGAUCUUGCUGCAAUG